AUGGCCGACGCCCGCGAAGCCCACCCGAGGAGCGCAUCCAGCAGAGACAGCAGCCCCGUUACCGUGCGACACGCCUCGUCUACCUCGAUAUCCUCAAUCCCCACGCUGCGGAAACAGGCCUCGGCCACCUUUGCUCCCUCCGAGAGUCCUCGCUCGUCCAGGAACCCAUCGCCGGUGCGCUCCGCCAUGCGCCAACACGGCACUCCGCCAGCCUCGGCCGUACAGGGCAGAGCCGGUGUCCUACGGUCCCGUCAGAGCAGCCACGACACCAGCCCUCACCGUACCCCGGCCUUGUCUACGCCUACCUCGGUGCCUUCAGCUGCUGCCAUCCAACGUGCUCUCUCAGCCGCAACCAUCCCACAACUCCAACAGGCCCAAUCACCCACUUCUGUCACCGAUGCUGUGACCCGACUCACUGCGCAGAAACGUCCUCUUGCCACUGCCUCUGGCGAAACCACUCCGACCAUUGUACCAGCCUCACCUCGCCUCAAGUCCCCUCCUCCUUCUUCCGCUCGCUCUCGCAGGAAUUCCGUCUUGUCACAAAAUCCAAAACCUGCUCCUCCAUCUAUUGUCGUCGAACCCUCUUCGAACCCCUCAGAACAUUCAAUCUUGAACGAGGGUAUCAAAGAAGAACCUAUUCAACUACAACCUCCACCACCUCCAAAAGUCCAAUCCAGAGGCCCUAGCGGCCCGAGACCUGUCCUCGAAACAGUCGUCGAGAACAUAGCGCCCAGUGGUAGCACCGACUCGAAAGGGUAUUAUCACAUUGUUAUUUACAGCAUGCAGCACAUAAGCUUACGUGAGAGCGAGAGUGACGCUAACAUGAGUGACGGUCGAGGUCGUAGAACCAGCCAGAGCUCCAACAUUCGUCCCAAAAAUGUUGCCGCUCUCAAAUCAGUAUAUCCAGGUCUUGGAUCUAGCAAAUCACGCGCCACUGAAGGGACUCGAAACAUGACAGUCGAGACAGAAACCGUCAGCUCCAUUCCACAAUCACAGAUUUCCACCAUCGAUCGUUCCACCUUGGGCAGACCCGACCUAGGAGGCUCUCUUCGCAUGAAGCCCAGCACUGAGACAAUACGACCAAGAAAGGAGAGAAAGCGAGCGACGCGCAAGGCGCCCUCGAUUAACAACGGAACGGCCUCUUCCAAGGCCGAUAUAUUCGAGGCCAGGGUUGCAAAUGCCGUCGACGAAGCCAACUCAUCAGAUUCGGAUGAGACGUUUGUGUACGAAUCAAAUCCGCCUGAGCAACAGCACAGAGCUAGUCGACAUCAUUCGCGUACACCCAGUGGGACAUCUCUACAUAGCCAGAGCGACUUCCGCCAUGGAAUGCGACCUUAUGGCGAUCAUCGCAUCGCAGGCAAGCGCAGUAUGAAGUUCUCUAAUAACCCUUAUAGCGUAUUGGACAGCCCUGAAGCCACGGGUGAUGGCACGGUUCGGGCCCACCAUGCCAGGCACAUCGGUAGAUUCGGCCGUCCCGGUGGCAGCAGUCGCGCUUCUCUAUAUGACCAAGACUCGCCCUUCACUCAGGCUUCCAAGCUACGCAGCACUACCUUGUCCGUUUCAGAGCGAGCACCCUCGCGUCCAGGCACACCACGUAGCGUCCAGAGCGGACAACAUCGACCUUCCGGAUUGUUUGGCAAGAAGAACGACAACACGCAAUAUGACUUCGAGGGAGAAGGCGCAGACGAUGAGCGCACACCCAUGCUAGGCAGCGUCAGAACACCAAGAAACAGUCAGCGCAAUUACGGCAGGAGAUUCAACAGCGACAACAGCUCGGGCGUGGACAAGGGCACGGAUCCCAUCGAAGGCGACUCGCAGACAAUGCUCCUCGGCAGGAUUUUACAUUUCGACCAAGCGCUGUGCUUCGAAGGAUCGCCCAUCAAACGUCACACACACUACUCACUGGGCGAGCUUCGUCUUGGAUAUCCUGGAAACAAAACGGAGAGCGGAGGAUCAGAGCGCUGGGAGCGAGUUCUCCAAUAUCCCUUCGAGCUCAUCCUUCGUGGAGUGCUGAGGUACCAACUUCCGAUGAGCAACCGACGCCAAUCAGCAGCCAUCGGUGCCAGUGUAAUAGUACAUCCCGAAGACCCGAUAGACAGCCAUGGGCGCAUGCGCUUAGAAGAGGCGGAUCACAGCGAGGAGUGGGAGUGGGUAGAAGUGGACGAUGCAGAGAGCGUCGAGGCAUUCAUGACAGAACUGCACUGA